AUGGCUACCAAGAUGACAGUUAUUAUGAUAGACAACAAAAUUCUAGGAUUUUUAUUAAUUCCAAUUCAAAAUACAAAUUUUAGACAAUCAAUUUUAUUUGAUUUAUGGUGGAUUGAUACUGAUGAUCAUCUUCAUAUUGUUAUACAAACGACUGAAAUUUAUGUUUACCUAUGCAAAAAAGACAGAUGGUCAAAAGAAGUUGAUGGAAUAAAAAUAUUUUCUUUUCCUCCUGCUCAUUUACCACCACAGCAUACAGUUAUUCUAAAAUGGGUAUCACUAUCAUGUACAACAGAUGACAUUGAGAGCGAACUGAAAAUUAAAUUUGAAUCUAUUUAUUCGGUGGAAGAUAUGAACGGCACGAAAAACGACAAAACGAGACAUGUAAAAGUGGAAAUUCUAAGUGAAUGUGAGUAUAAUAGUCUAUUAAAUAGUGGAAAAAUUAACUUACAUGGACAUCUCUACGAUGUAUACGAAUUUUUGCCACCACCGAAAGUUCUUAUGUGCAAUCGUUGUAAUAAACCAGGUCACACUAAAAAAUCAUGUCGCAACUCUAUUUCUGAUAAAAUGGCGGAAAAGCCUUGUUAG